GAACAGAUCCUGAUUAUUAUAAUAAUAACCCACGCUUUAAAGAAAACGUGUUUGUUCGUGGCAGAGUUGGCGGCGAGUUGAAGGCCUGGAGAGAAACGCCUCCGUUGCAAUCCCUUGAUCAACAAUGGAGCCCAUGGAAAUUGAUCCUGAAAAAAUUCCGUCUUCAGGAGAAGAAAAGGAAGGAAGCAAGCCAAUUGUUCUAAUGCUGGUAGGACUGCCGGGAAGUGGAAAAUCUACCUUUUGUGAUGAAGUUAUGAAGCUUUCUUCCCGUCCGUGGGCUCGUGUCUGCCAGGACACUGCUAAUAACGGCGGUAAGGCUGGGACAAAAGCCCAGUGUCUGUCAGUUGCAGCUGCAUCUUUAAAGGAUGGAAAGAGUGUACUUAUAGAUAGAUGUAACAUUGAUAGAGAUCAGCGAGUGGACUUUCUGAACCUUGGUGACUCACAAACUGAAAAGCAUGCUGUGGUUCUUGAUCUUCCUCCCAAGCUCUGUAUUUCACGUUCCGUGAAGCGAACUGGACAUGAGGGCAACUUACAAGGCGGAAGAGCUGCUGCUGUAGUGAAUCAGAUGAACUCAAAGAAGGAACACCCUAAACUGAGUGAAGGGUUCUAUAGGAUUACAUUUUGUCAAGAUGAGAAAGAUGUCGAACAAGCAAUCAAGUUGUAUGGUUCGUUUGGCUCAUUAGAUUCUCUUCCUUCUGGUUGUUAUGGUCAGAAGAAUUCAACUGCCAAAACACAGCAAGGCAUUUUGAAGUUUUUCAAAAAAGUAGAUCCUUCAGGAAAUCCAGAGUCUGAGCCAACUGUCGGUCAGAAAUUUAGACCUGACAAAAUAUCUAUAGAGAAUGGUCCCAGCCUUCAGACGAAAGAGAAUUCUCAUUCAUCAAGCGAUGCUUCUGAGAGAUUAAAAAAAGGUGGUAACUCCACCCUAGUCUCUGCUUCUGGUGCCAUUGAUGCAAACGAUAUUCCCACUCUGGCAUUUCCAUCUAUUUCUACUGCAGACUUUCAGUUUGAUCUUGAUAAGGCAUCUAGCAUUAUUGUUGAAACAGUUGAGAAAUUUAUAAGAUUGAUAGGAAAGGCUAGACUUGUUCUAGUAGAUCUGUCACGUGGAUCUAAAGUCUUGUCCAUUGUAAAGACUAAAGCUGCACAGAAGAGAAUUGACCCAAGCAAAUUUUUUACAUUUGUUGGAGAUAUAACGCAACUUCGCUCUCAAGGAGGUUUACAAUGCAAUGUCAUUGCAAAUGCUUCCAACUGGCGUUUAAAACCUGGAGGGGGCGGUGUAAAUUCAGCUAUCUUCAAUGCCGGAGGUUCUGCACUAGCAACUGCAACUAAGGAAAGAGCUGUCUCUCUUAGUCCAGGGAAAUCAGUGACUGUACCACUUCCUUCAUCUUCUCCAUUGUUUUCCAGGGAAGGUGUGACUCAUGUCAUUCAUGUUCUUGGACCAAAUAUGAACCCCAUGAGACCCAACUGCCUUAAAGGUGACUACAAUCAGGGCUGCAAGAUACUUCGCGAAGCUUACUCAUCACUGUUUGAAGCAUUUAUUUCUAUUUUGAGAUCUAACAACAGUGAAGGGCCGUUUAAUGCUGGAGAGAUCCAAGAGGUAAUCCCUUUGAAAGAUGAUCCAAGGACCAAACGGGAAGCAACUCAUGAAAUCGAAAAGAACAAAAAAUAUAAGGGUUCCCAAGAUGACCUCAGACUUGGCGACAGCAGCUCCACUGGUUUGAAUAAAAUCAAGGAUGAGAAAACCCGUAUAUCCAACACAUGGGCUUCAUGGGCUCAAGCUCUUCACAUUAUUGCUAUGCAUCCUCAAAAGCAUGAGAAUGUUGUACUUGACUUGUUGGAUGAUGUUUUAGUGAUUACUGAUGCUUAUCCAAAGGCACAACACCACCUCUUGGUCUUAGCACGGGCAGAUGGUCUUGACACCAUUUCAGAUGUGCGCAGAGAGCACAUCUCAUUAUUGAAGUCGAUGCAUUCGGUUGGCUUGAAAUGGGCUGAGAAGUUCCUCAGUGAAAAUAAAUCUUUGUUAUUCCGCCUUGGAUACCACUCAGUUCCUUCUAUGCGACAAUUGCAUCUUCAUGUGAUUAGCCAGGAUUUCGACUCCAUUCAUCUGAAGAAUAAGAAGCAUUGGAAUUCAUUCAAUACUCCAUUUUUCCUGGAUUCAGUCGACGUGAUAAAGGAACUUGAGAAUGUGGGGACUAUUACAUUGAAAGAUGAUAAGUUCCUGAAAAUGGAGCUGCGGUGCCAUCGUUGUCGAAGUGUACAUCCAAACAUACCUCGCCUGAAAUCACAUAUCAGCGCUUGUCAAGCCCAGUUUCCUCCUGAUAUGCUGAAAAAUGGUCAUCUUGUUUCCGCAGAAGGUGUCGCAUGCUAAGGUUUCUUACCAGUAUGCUCCUUAGUCUUCCUUAGUGUCCAGGUUUGAGGUACAUAAUCCUAAGAUUUUGUUCCCUUGUUUGGAAGUGGUUGCCAACAAUGGACAAAGAUAAGGCACGUUAGUUGAUGCCUGCCCGCCUGUUUUUGUUUCUAAAAUAUCGGGCUGACAAUAGGAAUUCAGGGUUGACCUAAAAUGAUCCACUUUUGAAUUAAA